AUAACUAGAAAAACAAUGAAGCUCUCUCAAGUCUUCUACAUUAUCUUCUUAUUCUUCCUUGUCUCACAAGUAAAGUCAACGUCCGAUAUGAUCGACCAAACCUGCAAAUCUUGCGCAGCCAAAUCCACGAUCUUCGAUUACAACUUCUGUGUCUCCUCUCUCAACAACUCUCCAAUAGCUCUUCCUUCUCCGACCAAUCUUUCUUCUCUUGCCCUUGUUCCAAUGCUCCAAGCUCUCGACAACGCCACCGCAACAGCUUCCACCAUUCAACAGCUUCUUAUAAGCGACGACGACGGUAGUUUCCGCAGUGCUUGCCUCCGUGACUGCCUCGAGCUUUACGAGGACGCGACGGAUAGAUUGGAGGAGGCAGUGAGAGUUUUUAUUACAAGGAAAGAGUUAGGUACGGUUAAUGUGAUGGUAAGCGCCGCCAUGGAAUCCGCCGUGACUUGUGAGAAUGGAUUCAGGGAAAGAGACGACGGUGACGGUGGUGGUGGAGGUGUGACGACGUGGACGUCUCCUAUUGGUGAUGAGAAUCACAAAUUGUUUGAGUUUGGUCAGAUUGCUCUUUGUAUAUUCAAUAUGCUCUCUUCUUCUGUCACAUCUCUAUCUUUCUAAAUCGUUUUCAAUCUUUUAGCUGUUUAGGCUUUUGUUUGUAUCGAAAACGACAAAAGGAUAAAGAUAAAUGUAUUAAUGUUCACAAAUAAUGUGUUUAUAUCUUUGUGUAAACAUUUCCAAAACAUCAACUAAUAAGAAACAUGAGUAACUAACU